AUGAAGCCAGCUCGUUGUUGUAUUGGCGUAUGUAUGGCUGCCACGUUGUGCGGAAGUGCCUAUGCCGCGGGAGAAGAGCUAAAGCAAACCCCUUUCGGCCCUGGCGGCUCCACAGCUCUGCUGUCUGCAUUCGAAGGGAAAUCGGACUUCAAGAUCCGCGUUCAUGCUCCAGAGGAAGACACUGAGGAUGUGCUUGAAGCGCUGGACUCACUCUUGAGGAUCGAGCAGGCGGAACGAAGAGCCGACGAAGACGAUUACGUGUCUGAGAAGCAGAGACUUCUGAAUAUUCAGAAGAAUCGUAUUCGAGAUAUUGUUCAGGCAGCAUUCGAACCGAUUCAUGCGAUGAUCCCGAACCCUGUCAGGGCAGAAGUUGAACGAAACCUCCCACCGCGAGAAACCGUGUAG